AUGGGGGAUUUAGAUGAUACCCAGAACAAUAUGUUAUUGCAUUCUUUGGUUAAUCAAAGUAGAAUUAAUGAAAGCAUCAAUUAUAUAAAUCUAUUAGACUUGAUGAAUAAAUAUAAUCCAGGACCUGCAAUUAAAAAAACUAUUGUAAAUGAUUAAGAUUUCAUUGAUGAAUUAGAACAAUUCUUAGAUUAAUUGGAUCAACCAAAAAAAUAAAAAUUUUAUGAAGAGUCAAUGAUUCUAUUUGAUGAUAAUGAUAAUCAUUCAAUUUUGGAGUUAAAUAAUUUAAAUAAUAUUAACAAUAAAUUAGAAACCUAAUCCUCUAAAUAUCAGGAUGGUUGGUUAGACAAACUACCAAUUAAACAUGAAUUUGAUGAUUUAGAAGAAUUGGAGAAAAUACUAUCUUAAUGA